AUGGCACAAUCAAUAUCCAAACGUGCGCGAGACUACGGUCUUCGAUUCGGUGUAUUGUCGAUCGGACCACUGAAUACCAUCACCGAUGUACCUGGUGUUCGGGUUGGUCAAGUAACACUUAAUGAAGGAGAUCACAUUCGUACGGGUGUUACAGUCAUUCUUCCUCAUGGUGGCAAUCAAUUUCAAGAGAAGAGCCCAGCUGCCAUCUACGUCGGUAACGGUUUUGGCAAGCUGACAGGCUACACGCAAGUCGAAGAACUAGGCACACUCGAAACGCCAAUCAUCCUAACAAAUACACUCAGUGUUCCGACAGCUGCUGAUGCUUUAAUUGACUAUACGCUAGCACAAGCGGGUAAUGAACAGGUGUGCUCAGUGAAUCCACUCGUAGGCGAGACGAACGACGGGUUUCUCAAUGACAUUCGCGCAAGGCAUGUAUCGAAAAAGCACGUAUUGGACGCGAUCCAUCAGGCGACGAGUGGCGGCGUAGAAGAGGGCAAUGUGGGCGCGGGCACGGGCACUGUGUGUUUCAACUUCAAAGGCGGCAUUGGAACGUCGUCACGGAAAUUGCCUUCAUCAUUGGGUGGCUACACUGUUGGAGCACUCGUACAAACGAACUUUGGUGGUGUAUUGCGUGUGGCCGGAUUACCGGUGGGUGUUGAAUUAGGUUGUUAUUCGUUUAAAGAGAAGCUUGAUGGCUCAUGCAUGAUCGUCGUGAUGACUAACGCUCCGAUAGACUCUCGUAAUCUCAAACGGUUGGGUAAACGAGCAUUUAUGGGACUAGCGCAAACCGGUGGAAUUGGAUCGAAUGGCAGUGGAGAUUACGCAAUUGCCGUCUCCACUGCAUAUCGUAUUCUGCAUGCAUCGUCAAGUUUAUUUGAUGAAGUCAAACUGUUGCGAAAUGACAAUGUCUCGCCCUUGUUUAUGGCUGCCACAGAAGCGACAGAAGAAGCAAUUAUCAACUCGCUCUUCGCCGCACGAACGCUUUCAGGCUAUGAAGGACAUAGAGUUGAACAAUUACCUGUGGAAAAAAUUAUUCAAUUAUUUAAAAAGAUGCCACAUAUAUGA